GCUUUCCACUCAUCGGCCCUCCAUUUAUCAUCCAAUACGAGUAUACAUGAUGCUGCCAACACACAUACAAAGCCACUACAGCACGACUAGAACCUUAUGGCCUGAUUGACUCCGUAUACGCCUCACAGAGCAACACAUCGCAAAUGUGUGCGGUCAUCGAUGGCUCCCCCACUUAGUAGCUACGUCACAGCCAUGCCAUCCGAAAAGCUCCAUGGCAGCACUUAUAGACACUCGUUGCAGAGCUCACAACAUCCCCAACUAACACCGCCCACUUACAUAGCCACGUGACAGUCCUCCUACAAUGGCCGCCCUCGACCCCGCAUCCCUCGCCGCCGUCCCCAUCAGCUACGCCUCGUGUUCGCUCGGCAGCCCAUCCGACCCGCCACCCCUCCUCGAUCGCCUACAUGCCAUCCACGUCGGCAGUUUCUCUGCCAUCGAGCUCUCCUUUCCAGACAUCCUGUCCUACGGCGCCACCCUCCUCGGCCAUGACGUCGAAGAGGACAACUACGACGAGCUGUGCACCGUCGCGGCAGACAUCAAGAAGCAGUGCGACGAGCGCAGUCUGGGCAUCAUGAUGCUGCAGCCCUUCUCCAACUUCGAAGGCUGGCCCGAGGGCUCCGACGGCCGGAAAGACGCCUUCGAGCGUGCGCGCGGCUGGAUACGCAUCAUGCAGGCGUGCGGGACCGAUAUGCUGCAGGUUGGCUCGAGCGACACACCACUUGAGAAGCUGGACAAGAGCCGGAUCGUGCCUGAUCUGCGAGAACUGAGCGACCUGCUCAAGGAACACAACUUCAAGCUCGCCUACGAGAACUGGUGUUGGUCGACACACGCGCCCGACUGGAAAGACGUCUGGACCAUCGUCAAGGAGGUUGAUCGCCCCAACAUCGGCUUGUGUCUCGACACCUUCCAGACCGCGGGCGGCGAGUGGGCAGACCCAAAAACCGCGUCGGGACUCCUGGAAGAUGUAUCCAAAGACGAGCUAACCAAGCGCUUCACACAAAGCCUCGAGCAGCUCAGCACCACCAUCCCAAAAGACAAAAUCUACCUCCUCCAAAUCAGCGACGCGUACAAAGUGCCCCAGCCCUUCUCCGCAGAAAGAGACGACUCGGGCCUCCUCCCCCGCGGCCGAUGGAGCCACGACUUCCGGCCCCUGCCCUACAACGGCGGCUAUCUGCCUGUCGCCGACGUCGCGGCUGCAGUGUUGAAGACGGGCUUCCGCGGCUGGUUCAGCUACGAGGUGUUUGAUGGCGGGGCCGAGGGUAAGGGUCAGGGUCUGGAUAUCGUUGCUUAUGCGAGGGCCGCGAAGAGCGUGCAGACUCGUUUGCUGCUUGAGUGUGCGGGGCAGAAGUUGGAUGAGGGGUUGGCGACGCGGUAGUUUUAUCAUAUGUUAGGGUGUGGAUGCUGAAGUUGAAUGUGUGUCAAGGCUUGUUGUGCGGUUGUAACAGAGUUUGAUGUGCUUGUAGUUGAACUACAUGUCGCCUCGCGUUGAACUGCUUCGUUGCAGUGAAGCACACGCCGACGAGAGACUGAGGUACCAACACCUUAUCCUCAUGAUAAAAGUAGAAUGAGCAGCGAUGUGUCCAAGGUGAGGAGAUCAGGGCAAGAGACGACCUUUGAAGACAUGGAUGAUGCACAGCAACGGCCACAUCAAAGCUUUACUCGGCCGUUCAGUAUGAAAUCACUAACUUUUGGCUCUCCUA